GUGACACACGCGGGGGCCGUCCCAGUAUGGUAUAAAGCACCUUGGGGAUCCGCACUCAGAUCACGGAGGAACCCGGACUUCUCAGGUGUACUGUCUGUCAAUCAACAUGAGGGCUGUUGCAGUGAUCCUUGCUCUUGCAGUCAUUUCUGGCUGUCAUGCUCGCGUUUUGCCCCAGGAGGAAAUCCAGGCCAAAUGGGAAGAAAGUGUGGAGCGUUUCUGGCAGCAGGUGUCCGAGCUGAACACCAAGGCUGACUUCAUGGUGGAUAACAUCAAGACCUCCCAGCUGGGAAGAGAACUUGACACCCUGAUCUCCGACACCAUGGCUGAGCUGAGCGUCUACAGGGAGGACCUGAAGGGCAAGCUGGGCCCCUACGCCACCGACGCCGCCGGCCAGCUGACCCAGGACCUGCAGCUGCUCUCCAACCGUCUCCAGGGCGAUAUGACCGACGCCAAGGAGCGUACCCUCAACUACCUGGAGGAGCUGAAGUCCAUGGUGGAGCAGAACGCCAGCGACGUCCAGGGACGCGUCAGCAUCUACACCCGCAAGCUCAAGAAGCGCCUGGACAAGGACACCGAGAUGAUCCGCAACACCGUCGCCACCUACCUGGAUGAGCUGCAGUCCCGCGCCAACCAGAACGCCGACAGCAUCCGCGAGCGCCUGGAGCCCUACGUCACCCAGGUGCGCGACAGCGCCUCCGAGAGGCUGGGCAGCCUGACCGAGAUCCUCAAGACCCAGACCAAGGACCUGAGCGCCCAGCUGGAGACCCAGGCCGGAUCCAUCAAGGAUCAGCUCGAGCUUACCGCCGCCGACCUCCGCACCACCCUGGAGGGCAAGAUCGAGGAGCUGUCCACCCUGGUGGAGCCCUUCGCCGCCAAGAUCCGCGAGCAGGUCCAGGCCGUCAUGGACAAGAUCAAGGAGGCCACCCCUCAGGCCUAAGCGAACUGAACAACAACUCAGUACCAACCAUGACAGAGGGGGGGAGGGGGUGCUUGGGGGUGCUUUUAGUAUUGCCUUGGCUCUCUCUCGGUGUGGUGGGGAGAGGGUGAUGAACUCUUUUGUGCUUGGUACCGUUUUAAAACAGGGCACGUGCCUAUCCUUUUGUCUAACCGGCCCCAGCUAUCUCAGUAUUAACCUUCUAUCUCAGCAAACAAGCACUGCAAAUGCACAAGAACCUCUGUAUCUAACCAAGAAAAAAGGUCAUUGUUGUAAAUCAGUAUGCUUGUCCACUCCACAGGGAUUUGGGUAUUUCACCAAUUGAGUCUUGUUUUUCCACCAGGUUUGCCCUUAUAGGGUCAUAAGAGGGCACGUAAGAUAGAUCAAAAUCCUGCUUUUUUUUUCAACAUCAACCUGUACCUCCAGGAGAGACAGCGAUUUGUGGUAUUGGUUUGUUUGAGUGGGCUCAGAUGCAUUUGUAACCAUCCAUGUAUUUGCACAAAAUGUUUAACCAAAUGGUAGAGUAGGCUGGGACUGCUUUGUGUUCGGCAAACGCACAACCCAGCAUGCAUCUGUGCUGUAUGUGUUUUUUGUGUUCUGCAAACGCACAACCCAGCAUGCAUCUGUGCUGUAUGUGUUUUUGUGAUGUGCGAGGCCCGCCAUGCUGCCUUUUAGUGCAUUUCCUGCCAUGAUGCAGGGUUACUCCAUGCAAGCCUGAGCUUAACUAAUAAAAACUUUUAAACAUGCCAUGCUAAA